AUGAACUUGAAAAACAAAAAUCAAAAAUAUUUACGAGCAACAAGUGUCCGUGUAAAUGACAGCGGUAAUGAUCCUACUAUAACUGCUGUAUAUUGUCCACCGCGAUAUAAAGUAGAUGACAAGAAGUUUACUGAAUUCUUUCGGGCUCUGGGUAGUAGAUUCAUUGCCGGCGGUGAUUAUAAUGACAAACAUACUUUCUGGGGAUCGAGAUUGAUUACUACUAAAGGACGUGAUUUGUUUAAAUAUACAAAUAAACUUGAAGCGCAAUUCAUCUCAACUAGAAAACCAACUUACUGGCCAACUAACCCAAGUAAACUAUCUAAUAUUAUUGAUUUCGAUGUAAUGAAUGGAAUUCCAUCAGAUUAUAUAGAAGUUGAAGGUCUAAUUGUGCUAAUGUCGGAUCAUAUUUCCGUGCUUCUCUCAUUAAGUUCCAACGUAAUAGUAAAACAAAAGAAAAUUUCCAUAACAAACAAAAAAACGAACUGGGAAUUAUUUUAG